CCUCCUCUUGUCUCCACUCCUCAGCUGACGCUGGAUGUGACACUGUUUUUCUGAUUGUUUUAUUCAGAUCAGAUUUUUUUUAAUUUACAGAUAUGUUUCCCUCCAAUAUGUCUUCCUCUAGUGAAGAUCAUGUUCUGUAGAAUCAGCCUGAGGAGUUUUCACUAGUUUACUUAUCUUGGAGGCGAUCUCAUCUUGACUUGUUGGUGCAUUUCUUUAUAAUAAUGCUAUUGUCUCAUUAAAGUCUCUACAGGAUGGACUCCGUCUCUCAGAACCUGAAAGAUGAGAUCUCUGAGCUGCUGAAUCCUCACAGAGUGUGUCUAGUGACUCCUGUCAUCCUCCACCCCCCCACUCAGACAUGUGGGAGGUCGGCCAGCAGGUUUGUGGUUCUGAGUCUGUGGAGAGGUUACCUGUUUAACAACAAGCCACCUGUCAGGAUGGAGAGCACCUUCAGCUACUUGGAGAUUUGCUCCAUCAACAUUCACAGUCUCACUCAGGUUGUGUUGGAGACAGACCGGCAGACUCUGUCCUUCAGUGUUUUGCAUGUUGAGGAUCUGGAGGCCAUGGUGUGUCACAUGACUGCCUCUCUGAAGAGGAUCUUCCCCGACUCUUCUCCAGGAAAGCUGCUGAAGACGGUUCCUGCAGAUCUGCAGCAGAGAAUCCUCACCCUGACGGAUGAGAUCGAGGAGCAGCUGAGCAGCCGGCCGGGCUCCUGUGGAGGAUUCUCUGAUACCUACGCUGCUCUGUGUGACUUCAACGAGAUGCCGUUCAGAGAGGAGAUCCAGUGGGAUAUUGACAACAUCUACUACAUGAACAACUGGAGAGAGUUCAACCUGCAGGACUUCAGCCACGUAGACAGCAGAGACUUGGCAUUAGCAGUAGCAGCUCUGUCUUUCAACCAGUGGUUUACCAAGAUCUACAGCAAGGAGCUCAAACUGUCAGUGGACAUCCAGCAGCAGCUAACCUUCCUGCUGUCCAGAUCCCCCAGCCUGGAGGAGCUCUCACUGGAGGCCAGCGGACUCAAAAUGGACUUUGCAUUAAAGAUGGCCGCUGCCCUGCGGGAGCACCCCUCCUCCACCCUGCAAUCCAUCAACCUCUCAGGCAACCCCCUGGAGGACAAAGGUGUCAUAGCUCUCAGUCAGGAGCUGGGGAGUCUAGCUGGAGGACUCAGACUCCUCUCUCUGUCCCGGGUAUCAAUGACUGCUAGAGGUGCUGGAUGUCUGAGUCAGGUGUUGUCCUCCACUCAGCUGUUCUCAGCGUCUCUGACUCACCUCGACCUGUCUGCUAACCCCGACAUCAUGGGCACCGAGGAGGCCACGUUCCUCUUCAAGUUCCUGUCCAGUACUAACUCUCUGUCUCAUCUGGACCUCAGUGAUACCAGCUGCCCUCUGGACACGUUAUUUGUUUCGCUGUCUGCUGGAUGCUGUUUCAAACUGAUGCACCUCAACCUGGCCAGGAAUCCUUUCAGCCACAGGAAGGUGCGGGAGGUAACCAGGAGCAUUGGGCAGUUCUUCAGUCAGAGCUGUGAGUUAAAAUAUGUCGGCCUGUCUGCAACCAAACUACCUCCACAAGCUCUCAGGUUAUUACUACAGGGUCUGGCCACCAACAUUCUUCUAUUAGGUUUAGAGUUGGACAUCAGCAGCUGUGAGCUUCGUUCAGCAGGUGCUCAAGUGAUACAGGAGCACAUCUCUGAAGUUACAGCUAUCACAAGUCUGGAUAUCUCUGACAAUGGUUUUGAGAGUGACAUGGUGACUCUGGUUCUGUCUGUGGGUCGAUGUCUCUCUCUCCGGCACCUCGCACUGGGAAGAAACUUUGCCAUGAAGUCCAGACCUCUCACUGAUGUUCUUCAUCGUAUAGCUCAACUCAUUCAGGAUGAAGAGUGUCCCCUGCAGUCUCUCUCAGUGAGGGACUCUAAGCUGAAGGCAGGGAUGCACAUCCUGCUGAGCGCCCUGGGGGGGCACGCUGCUCUGACUGAGGUGGACAUCAGUGGAAACAACAUUGGAGACACUGGAGCCAAAAUGCUGGCCAAAGCCCUGUUGACAAACACCACACUCAGGACUCUAUCAUGGGACAGGAAUAAUGUUACUGCAAGAGGUUUCCAGGAUGUUGCUGAUGCCUUGGAGAGGAAACUUCAUCUGCAGCAGGUGUCUGGCCUGGCUGAUAUCACACAGAGUUACCGGCAACCCGACAGAACAGAAGAGGCCCUGCACAAGGUCAGUGUGUGUUUGUUUAGACAGAAAAACCAGAGACAAUCUGACAGAGUGGAAAUCCAGCAAGUGUUUAAAGCUCAGCAAUCUGAGAUGCAGGUCCAGGGUCUGGUGCAGUUAGAGGACAGCCUUCAGCGUUUAAACCCCUGCAACCCUCAGGAGGUCCAGGCUGAAGUCCUCACAGCACAGGAGGUUCUGCACAACGCCAGGGAGUCCUUCAAGCUGCUUCCCGCUCUGUAUGAGGAAGGCAGGAAGGCUGCCCCUGAUGGAGGACUGGUGAACUGCAUCCUCACUGAUGCAGCUGCAGCACUGGCUGAUGAGAUCAACAGAAGCAUACAGACGCUGGGGUCAUCAGUCCUUCUGUGUUCCAGGGUCUGGCUGAAGCCUGAUGAGGGGGGGCGGGGAGGGGCGUGUCCUUGGGUGGUGCAGCGCUCCAGUGUGUGCGAGGGUCUGUCAGUGUGUGUCCAAAAGAAGCAGACAGACACCACUUUCCUGAGAAGCACUCUGGUGGAGAACACAGGGCAGAUCAUCAGCAACGAAUUCAGAGACCUCAGACAGACGUUGAGUGUCUCUCUGGCUGAAAGCAUCAUGGAGCAGGUGCAGCAGGAUCUCAUAAAGGCACAGGACAGAGUGAAUUUCCUUUUAAAAGAAAAUCCAUGCACCUCUCUGAAACUGAACAUCCCAGAGCUUCGACUGAUUGACAGCGACUUCCCAACUGAUGAUUACAGUCCAGCGUGUUAGAACAGUUUCCACUCCAAGAGCCUGAGGCCUGCCGCUUCCAUAAAGAGUCUCCUGGAUGCAGACUGGGAGCAGCAGAUCAGAGGAGGAGGUGCCAGAGAAGAAGGGGGAGGAGGAUGGUGCGGUCUCCCUCUGUUGUCGACAGCAACCCCCAUGUCAGUCAGGUCUCCAAGCCCCUCCCCGUCCCCGUCACCCUCCCCCCCGGGAAUGAGGGGGAGGAGGCGGAGGGAGGGGGAGGCGGCAGCAGCGUUGGAUGCUGCAGCAGCGAGAGGAGCAUCGUUCAUUCCUCCUCCCAGCCCCCCCCUCCUGCGCUCCAUCUCCCCUCGCUCUGCAGAGGAGGAGGCUGCCGGCCGCGGACCCUUACCCAGACGACAGGCUCCCUUCCCCGGCUGCAAGCCCAGCCCAGGCGCUCUGCUCAGCUCUGGACCCCGCUUCCCAAUGGAGCCUCUACCCACCCAGGGACAGACUCUGAGGCACUACACAGCCUCCCGACCGCGGCCACGACGCACACACACACAGCCCCCGUCCUCCAGGCCUCAGGAGCCUGUUUUAAAGGUUGAGCCGGAGAAUGAGGCCCACAGGGGAGUGGGCCGAGUGGAUGAAGGAGUAGAGGAGUUCUUCACCAAGAAAAUCAUCCCUGACUAUGCACUAAAAGGCCGGUGGGAGGAGUCAAUCCCUGCCCCAGCCACUACCCCAGACUCAAGCUCCACCCCCUCAGCCUCAACCCCCUUUUCCUCUUCGUCUGACAAUAUCACCCUCUCCCCCAGCACCACUGUCACCUCUCCCUCUGUCCCAUCCACUGACACAUGCUUUACAUCCACUGAUGUACCCCUCCUCUCUACAUCCUCCACUCCCCCCGCACCCCCCUCUUCUGUCACCCCCACCACCACACUUCCCACCAAAAACAUCAAGAAAAAGUUUGGCGACUUCUUUGCCUUCAAGAGGGCUCGAGGCGGCCGAGCCCCCAAGGCAGGAGGGGGAGAGGGAGGAGGAGAGGGGGUGAAGGUCAAAAGGACCUCUAUCGCAGACCUCAUCCGACCCCUCCGCGAGGCCAAAGAGAGGGACAGGGACAAGGGGAGAGGGGCAAGGUCAGUGGAGGAUGCUAACGUUUGUAAUGAUGCCGCCACCACAGAAGGAACCGCUGCCCCGGGCCAGCAUCCUGCAGGCGAUGCGAAGGGAACGAUGGCGCCUGCCAAGACUUUAACCAUGACGAUGCCUUCCAGUGACAACACUCCCUCUUUCCCCAACACCGCCACAAGCCCCGACCUCACCACUGCCACGCUUUCCAAUCUGACAGGAGAGGCAGUUCCUCUCUUGCCAGGUCGCCCCCCCAGUCCUGUGGUCACCUCCCCUCUCACGGAGCAGGAGAGGGGCGGGGUGCAGAUGAAGGAGAUGUUGGGAGGGAGUCCGUUUGGAGAGAGGAGACUCAAGGUGACCAAGAGGUCGCUGAGGGAGGGAAAGAGCCAGAGCCUCAUCCUGCUGACAGGGUUAGAGCCUGAAGACAAGGAUGACACACACAGUAAGAAACAUUCGUCUGAGAGCACGUCUAGUUUGAACAGAGGCUUCAGAUGAUGCUGCCACAGAAUGGGCGUGGCCAAAACUCCACCUGCUGACACCAAGACCAGUCAGAAUAAAGACGAGGAGCUGAGAAAGGCCAACUCUGAAGGUGCUAUCCUGGACAAGCCUGUACCUCCUCCCACAUACAUGAAGCCCAGAACCAUGUCCACGUCAUCAGCUGACCCCAGACAUCCAAUGAGAGCGCUGGACCCCAUCAGACCGGACCCCCCUAUUCACCCAAAACCCACCGUUCACGAGCGCCCAGGCGGCCCCCUGCCGCCUAAACCUGCCGUGGCAGCCAAGCCUCCCCUUCCCACCCCGGCCUCUCCUGCCGGGGGGGCAGCCCGUCCCUCCUCCGCUCCCCCCCACAGCAGCUCAGCAGGGAGGGUGCAGCUCAGACACAUCCAUGACGGCCGGCUGAGCGAUACUACAGCACAGAACGGCAGCCAGGAGCGGCCCCCGGGUGCAGCCUCCGCUCUGUCCCCCAGGAAGGAGCUGCUCCCCUCUGCUCCGUCUGCCUGGAGGGGGCCCGGCACACAGGAGCGUUCGGAGAAAGCACAGUCAGUGACCGACGAGAGUCUUCCUAAGACACGGCAACACUUGAAGCCCGUUCUGAAACGCAGAGCUGUGUCGGUCCAUGAGGACACUCUGGCCAUGACGCAAGAGCUGAAGGCGGUGCUGCAGAGGUCUCCUAUCCGUUUCCGCGGCUCCAGAGGAGACCUGCCCCCCUGCACUGAAGACCCUCCCUGUGUGGAGGAAGCACAGAGAGCUCAGGAGGCCGGUCACGCAGGGAAACAAGAAGAGAAGAGGAAGACUGCCCAGGAUGAAGAGGAGCUGAAGACAGAGAGAGGCAGGAUGGGCUGUGGAGCUGAAACUAAGCCCCCCCCCCCAGGCUCAGCGUGUCCCUCCUCCACAGAAGCAUCAGCAGCCCGACUCUUCAGUCCAACUGCAGCCUCCGACAGACCCCCACCCGUCCUGGAGAGGCUGACCCACGGCCUCCAAAAGCCCUCUGUAACACCCCCAUCUGAGCAGAAGAGCCCCAGCACAGGCCCCCGUUUCCCUCAAACUCUAGAAAAACGGCUACUGUCCCCACCCUCCCAAGAAAAGACCCCCGGCACAAUCUCAGCUAUAUCUGAAUCCCAAGAAAACCCGCAAGUUAGCCCCUUGUCCCUCAAGAAGAAAAGCCCUGGCACAGCCCCCCCCCCAGAGGAGGGGAGGAACAGCACACAGGAGGAGCUCUCUAAACAGCACACAGUGAAGGCAGCAGACCAAAGAACUGAGCCCCCUCUGUCUGAAUAACACAAAUACGUACUUAAAAAAGGACAUAAGAUGCACCUGGGAAGAGAGGGGGGGGGGGCUGUGACAUCACUGAGAUCAGGAUAUAGGAGGGUAUACCAAGUCUGAGAACAGCAUGAAUGUUGUACCCCCCUGUAGAAAGCUGCUGUGUCCCGUGUCAGGGUGCUCUCUUUGAAAGUCUCAGAACCAAGACCCUGUGUCCACACAGCGUCUCCACGUCUUGACAACGUUGCUGUUGCGUGACAGGCUGGCAUCGCCCCUUUUCAUUUUAUUAAAUAUUUCGGCUACUUUUUAUUUGUUUGCCAAUUUUUGUCACCAUUAGCAACAACUGGAGGAUUCUUGCUCUCACACAUUGUAUAAUUGAGCUUGUCACAACUAGAUCCAAAUAUGAGAGUACAACACUCACCUGCUCUGCUCAAACUAUGCUGUAUAUCUUUGUUUUGCUAGCUGAAAUGUUUGAAAGCUUCUUCUCGAAUUUCUACAGCGAUGUCACCAGCGCUUUUCUGAAAAGUUUUUAUAUUUUCAUCUCAAAGCAUUUGGAGCAUCAAAAAAAGACCCUGGUCUAUUCUCAUGGUUGCCGCAUGUGAUGGCAUGGGCUCACUCCUCAUUUGAAUCAAUUGAGAAAAAGAUGCUAGUGUUCAGAAAAGGCGCUAUAUGGAUACAGGCUCUAAUUUAGUGCACAUGGUUGGUGCAGGUUUUGUUGCCAUCUUACAGCGAACGUCUGCACAGUUGCUGUACUGUCCGUUUGAGGUGGAUAAACACACACUGCACAAACCGUCCAGUGGUCAAACACCCAAAACAAUAAAAAGCGGACAAACUAAAUGACAAACAGGACCUUUACACAGUAGGCCAUGAAAUACACACAUGCACAAAUGAAUGCAAUUGAUGAACAGCUGUUAGAGUGCUGGGCUGCAGUAGUUCAGCGCCCUGGAGCUGUUGGGGGUUUGGUGCUUUGCUCAAAGACAUCCUAACAGUAUCCAGGAGGUGAACUGGCUCAUCUCCAGCUACUAUCUCCAAACCACGUAUAUUUUAUAACUUGGACCAGUGACCAUGUGGUUCCCAAGCCCCGGGCCUGUUGUGCUGAGGGCAAAAUCUCUACGUUGAUUAGGGCAGCUGUUUUAAUAUGCAUCAUCAGGGGGAAAUCUGCAUCCAUUGCAUGUUUGCAUUAAGAAGGCAACUGAUCGCCUGUAAACUCACUUUCCAUUCAGUCUGAGGAAACCUUUAAGAGUCAUCUGAGUCCUUCCAAGGAGGUUGGGUCUGAAAUGGGACACAGACAGCAUCAGCUGAAUGAGUAACUGACAGGAGUGUGUGGUUGAGAUAUCUUUAUUGUGUGAUCUCCACACAAGGAUGGCUAAUUGAACAGAACGUCUAUGAGUGUGGCUCAUUAACACAUCAUGUCAAAGACUCACUUAUUUCACAUGUUAUCAUUUUAUUUAAUAAGGGAUUUAAAGGCACAUGGUGUAAUUUACAAUUAAAAGAGUAUAUCUCUUCACUUUUCCUUGUUGAUAUUUUUUUCCCGAAGAUGAACGGGUUCAAGGAAAAAGGCUCUUGAACUAGUUGGACAUAUUCCAUCCAUUGGAUUUUGGUAAUUCAUCCACAUUUAUACAUAUGGCCCUCAUUUGCAUACAUUUUUUUAAAUUGGGCAUUUGUGGUAAUGUAAUGACUCACAUUUUGUAUUGCAUGAUGUUUUGAACUCUACUUUUCCCCUCGUAAUCCUCUGCUUUUGUUUUUGUCUAUAGCUGUUUGGGAGAGUUUCUUUGCUCCUAUACAGUGGUGCAGUGAUGACGAUUUUUUUGUGGGCCGACCGGGAAGUUAGCAUCACCAUGGCUCCCUCGACACCAAGCAGUGGGAUUUUUCCAUUGGAAUGUUACAAAAAUGAGAUCUGUGGCAAACACACGUUUAUGAUACUCACACAUUUUGUUCAGCAGGAUCAUCUCCACAUAUUAACACCACUUUUAUGAUUUUAAGCUAAGCUAAAGGCGGCUAACAUUUGGUGUGAUGACGUUUAGUAGUCUCAUUUAGUCACAUGUUAGCAACCACUGACAUAUUUUAUGUCGUAGAACAAAACGUGAAAAUCUCUUCAGCUUGUGUUAACCACAGACCUUAUUUCAGGCAUCUAAUUGAAAAAGCCUUCAAAAAACUUUUACUUCUAGACCAGGGAACAUGAAGUGCUAAAAUGCUAACUCAUUCCGGGCUUUAUAACUCAUUCCUGCGCCACUCAAUAGUGCACACUGACAAUUAUUUUGUCAGUUAAUACACUGCAGAUCUGCCUUACAGGGUGCCAAACUGCUCAUCAUGUAAUCUAAGGCUUAUUCACUCACACUCAUACACUGAUUGAGGAAAUUGGGGUCGGGUGUCUUGCCCAAAGACACUUAUGGCGCAUUUCCACUACAGCGCAGAGCACGGUUUAAGCGUGCCGUGCCGUGCCGUGCCGUGCCCGGCCCGUUUUUGGUUGUGUUUCCACUAGGCGUAGUUCCGGCUAGCGGGUACUUGUUACAGUUUUCUGGCUCUCAAAAAUCGAGGUUCUUUCAGGGCCAACAACCGGGCUGAGUAUGCUAAACUAGUGAGAGAAUCGCUGGCAACUACAACAAAAUGAACAUAUUUUACCGUGAUUUAAUUGUAAUACAUGUUUCAAAAUGAUGCCGAAGUAACAACAUACUGAUACCGGUCAGUAAAAACCAAAAAAUAUACCAAAACAUCCCAGUUAACCAACAACUUGAAAAAAAAAAUUGACAAAUAAUGGAAAAAACCCAAUUUUAUGGUUAUUUUCUCAAAUAAUUGUACACAUUGAAAACAAUGUCAAAUCCAUUUCCCUUACAAUAUUUCUAACAAUCUCAUCAUGCCAUCGAUGUGGGAAAAAUAUAUCCUGCCUUGUUAAGUGUUAUUUAUUUUUUACUAUCAGCCAGUAUCUUGAAAUGUACACAUGGGACACUAAAGCUCUGCAUGUUUCUGUUGAAUCACAUCAAUAUGUGACAUUUUAGGGUCAUUACAUUAGACACACACAUAUGUAAUAAUCACCAUAUCUAUCAUUUCACAAGAGACCAGAUAUGACCAAUAUAUGAUCAGAGAUAGUGUGAGAUAGCAACAGGAGUAUAUUUAUUCUAUCAAACUCUCAGGUGGCUGUGGAGGAUGGUGUGUGUUUUGUAAGAGCAGACCUCAGUUCAGUUUCCUGAGCCUGCGUCUCAUACUUGGAAAGAAGUUAUUUUCUAUAGUCUUGUUUAUCUUUGCCUUGCACGCACAGAAUAUGUACAAAAAUACAAAGCAUAAAAAACAAAGUUAUGAACUGAGUGUAAAUCCAUACCUAUACUUGUUAAGAAUUAUUAAAAUAUGAGUUCUGUCAACA